AGUAUGAAGAAAUAAAAAAAAUAAUAAUUUAAAAAAACGGUUUUCGAAUCGAAACAGUUUCAAGAAAGAAAAAUAGCAAACUGACAAGCAGAACCUGUCCGCUUAAAUACAUUUACGUUAUUUUUCUUUUUCCCACAAUACAUUCCCAACUAGCGGAAAUGGUUUGAUCCAAGAGGUACCAGGGAAGACCUGUAAAGAGAAAUCAAGUCCGUGACAGCGGAGAAAACUUGACUUUUAUAAAAGUAACUGCUGUACAGAGGGCGAAAGAGAAGCUGUACCAUGUCUCUAAAGCCGCGGGUGGUGGAUUUCGACGAGACAUGGAACAAGUUACUAACUACAAUCAAGGCCGUGGUGAUGCUCGACUACGUGGAGAGAGCCACGUGGAAUGAUAGGUUCUCUGAUAUUUAUGCCUUGUGCGUUGCAUACCCCGAGCCUUUGGGUGAAAGGUUAUACACAGAGACCAAGGUUUUCCUUGAGAACCAUGUCAGGCAGUUGUACAAGAAAGUCCUGGAAUCGGAGGAAAAGGUUUUAGUUAUGUACCACAGGUACUGGGAAGAGUACAGCAAAGGAGCUGACUACAUGGACUGCUUGUACAGGUAUCUGAACACACAGUUUAUCAAGAAGAACAAGCUAACGGAAGCAGACCUGCAGUACGGCUACGGGGGAGUGGACAUGAACGAGCCGCUCAUGGAGAUCGGAGAGCUGGCUCUAGAUAUGUGGAAGAAGCUGAUGAUUGAACCGCUGCAGGCUGUCCUCAUCCGGAUGUUGCUGAAUGAAAUAAAGAAUGAUCGCUGCGGCGAGAACCCCAACCAGAAGGUAAUCCACGGGGUCAUCAACUCUUUUGUUCAUGUUGAACAGUACAAGAAGAAAUUUCCGCUAAAGUUUUAUCAAGAAAUCUUUGAAGGACCUUUUCUGCUAAAAACAGGCGAGUAUUACAAACAGGAAGCGUCCAAUCUCCUCCAGGAAUCCAACUGCUCUCAGUAUAUGGAGAAGGUUUUGGCGCGGUUGAAAGAUGAAGAAGUUCGAUGUCGGAAGUACCUGCACCCCAGCUCAUACGCCAAAGUCAUUCACGAAUGCCAGCAGAGGAUGGUGGCGGAUCACCUGCAGUUCCUGCACGGGGAGUGCCAGAACAUCAUUAGGCAAGAGAAGAGAGACGACAUGGCCAACAUGUAUACCCUGCUGCGGGCCGUGGCAAACGGGUUGCCUCACAUGAUCCAGGAGCUGCAGGUCCAUAUCCACAACGAGGGUAUCCGAGGCACCAGUAACCUCUCUCAGGAAAAUAUGCCAACUCUGUUCGUGGAGUCCGUGCUCGAGGUUCACAGUAAAUUUGUUCAGCUCAUAAACACGGUCCUGAAUGGAGAUCAACACUUCAUGAGUGCGCUCGAUAAGGCUUUGACGUCGGUGGUGAACUUCAGGGAGCCGAAGUCCAUCUGCAAAGCCCCAGAACUUCUGGCAAAAUACUGCGACAAUCUGCUGAAGAAGUCUGCAAAGGGGAUGACGGAGAACGAGGUGGAGGACAAGCUGACCAGUUUCAUCACAGUGUUCAAGUACAUCGACGACAAGGACAUCUUUCAGAAGUUUUAUGCCAGAAUGUUAGCAAAGCGGUUAAUACAUGGUUUAUCAUUGUCAAUGGAUUCAGAAGAAGCUAUGAUCAACAAACUAAAGCAAGCGUGCGGCUACGAGUUCACGAGCAAGCUUCACCGAAUGUACACAGACAUGAGCGUGAGCGCCGACCUCAACAACAAGUUCAACAAUUUUAUCAAGACGCAGGAGACGGUGGUGGACCUGGGGAUCAGUUUCCAGAUCUACGUAUUACAGGCGGGAGCUUGGCCCCUCACACACGUCCCCUCGUCCACGUUCGCCAUCCCUCAAGAGCUGGAGAAGAGCGUUCAGAUGUUUGAGUUGUUCUAUAAUCAGCACUUCAGCGGUCGGAAGCUGACAUGGCUGCACUAUCUCUGCACAGGCGAAGUAAAGAUGAACUACCUGUCUAAACCCUACGUGGCCAUGGUAACCACGUACCAGAUGGCCGUGCUGCUCGCCUUCAACAACAGCCAGACGGUGACGUACAAGGAGCUGCAGGACGGCACGCAGAUGAACGAGAAGGAGCUGCAGAAGACCAUCAAGUCCCUGAUGGACGUCAAGAUGCUCAACCACGAUUCACAGAAGGAGGAGAUCGAAGCCGAGUCAACGUUUUCACUAAAUAUGAGUUUCACCAGUAAAAGGACAAAGUUCAAGAUCACCACAUCGAUGCAGAAAGACACGCCGCAGGAGAUAGAGCAGACGAGGAGCGCCGUCGACGAGGACCGCAAGAUGUAUUUACAAGCUGCUAUCGUGAGGAUCAUGAAGGCCCGGAAGGUCCUCCGACACAACGCCCUUAUCCAGGAGGUAAUCAAUCAGUCCAAAGCGCGGUUCAACCCCAGCAUCAGCAUGAUCAAGAAGUGCAUCGAGGUGCUCAUCGACAAGCAGUACAUCGAGCGAAGCCAGACGUCGGCCGACGAGUACAGCUACGUUGCGUAGGCCGAGGAGGAGCCGAGGAAGGGAGCAUCUCCGUUUAAGAGACUCACCUAUGAGACAGGUUCCAUAUUCUGAACAAAACAGAGUCCUUCAUCUAUUUCGGACUGCGGCCGUCCGCUGUGACCCUGCGCGGCGAUCCACCUGUGGAAAAGACUUGACAUCCCGUCACGGCAGACGGCCAGCUCGCACCACCACUUUUUAAAGCCCCCCCCCAUUCAAACCUGCCCCCUUUCUGGUUUUUAAACUGUUUACAGCAUCACCAGUGCCACGCACCUGUGCGUCCAACGUCAAACAGACCAUGCCUCUAUCUGUUGGGAAAGAAAGAUCCGAAGAGCCGAUUCGCUGAAAGAAUAGAGUAAAAAAAACAACAAAAAGACAUUAUGAUGGCUACAUAUUAAACAUGCUUUCUUUUCUCACGUUUGCAGUCGUGUGUUAUUUUCUUUCUUUGUUAAAUGUAAUGAACUUAGGAAAAAAAUAUUGUAAUAAAACUGGUAUACUGACUAUUGUUACCUACUUUCACAUGUAAAGAGAAGUGAAUGACAAACAUGAUCAUGCUGCUUGUCAAAUAAAUAAAUAAAAACACUGAAAGCUUUUAUGUAAA